GACGGCAAACAUUGCCGCAUUUUUGAAUGCUUUAGGUGGUCCCGUUGCUAUGGGAGCACCGCCAGUUUUGUCCGCCGCAUGGUUUCCACCAAAUCAGCGAACUACAUCUACCGCCAUAGCGACAAUCAGUAACUACGCCGGAUUCGCGGCCUCAUUCCUCAUAGGACCGUUAUUUGACAGCCUGGCCACGAAAGAGCAGACGAAUAUGUCCGAUAGUGAAAGUGUGACCUUUUCAUCGAUGGAUAACCACACACUUUCAAAAAAUCACAGUGACGCAGACAAUCACG